AUGCAUGCGGAUGAACCGGUUAAGGUAGUAGACAAGUUUGUCUACCUUGGCAGCUGUAUCACUCCCGGUUGUCUCACGAAAGAUGGUACUUCCAUCCGGACUGGUAAGGCCAGAGCAGCUUUUGUGAGCCUGUGUUACUUGUGGCGUAGGCUUAUCCGUCAAGGGUGGAGUUUACAAUGCUGGGUCUGGUGGGAUCACCGGAUCAGUAAUGCUGAAGUUCGUCGAAUAGUUUUCGCAAGAAGUAACUCGCCCACGAUAGAUGAACUGAUUACUCUCCAAAGCUUGCGCUGGCUUGGCCACGUGCUCCGUAUGCCAAUCGAUCGACUUCCUCGAAUUCUCUUUGCAGAACCAUGCGAAGGGUGGAAACGAGCCGAUUGCGCUGGUCACUACCGUCUUCCUGAGUGGGGAUCCCGAGGCGGGCCACAUAAAUGGCUAGAGACAUUGCCCAGUCCGCCCUCAAUGGCGCUCAUGUAUCCAAGGUAUUGCCUUCAAUGCAUAGCCCCCUUCCCAACCCCCCCGCUUAACAGCCCACUGACAGUGCUGUAUUUACGCACGAAUUUAUCAGCACCCGCGUCCAAUGCGCAGCUACAUACCCCACCUCCCCGAAUCAUCGGUCAACGAUACUGUAGCAGCUACAACCACUGUACGACAAUGUCUAGCUGCCAUGCCACCCAAAGGAAGUGCGAGUGCCAGGAUUCGUCCAGGUUACUCAAGUCUACACAAAAGAAGUCGAGAUGCCAGAGUCAGGUUCGAAUCAUGAACCCUCAAUGUCUAGCUGCCAUGCCACCCAAAGGAAGUGCGAGUGCCAGGAUUCGUCCAGGUUACUCAAGUCUACACAAAAGAAGUCGAGAUGCCAGAGUCAGUCCAUCACCUUUCUGCCCCGCACGCGGAGACGAUAAUAUAAAUGGAGAAGAUGCUCGAAGAUCACCUGUCGUCCCUCCGGGAGUCACGGCGGUCCAGUGCAUCGAUCUGGACGGUCUUUGUCUUGCCUCGAAGGGUCCAACAAAUGAACUGUCCUGUGGUCUGCUGAGCAGUGUGUACAAACAUGCACAAAGUGUCGAGGAUGUGGAUGACUUUCCUGUUGUGGUUAUCGAACAAGAUUCUAGGAUCACUUCGUAUGGACGAAAUUAUUGGCAAAAGCGUGCGACCGCUAACACAUGGAAUGGGAAUGGACCAUUCAGUUCAGUGGGUCCUCAACCAAAGCAUUUGGCUCAAAAGCUUAACCGCAAGGCAGCGGUGUUUGGCGGGAAAUGCAAAUGCAUCACCGUUUCUACGGAACAAGUCGCCAGAUGUUCCAACCCCAACCCGGAGGGCCAGGUGACUGUGUUCGUCAGACCUCUAAUCAUUGAUCAACCUGAUAUGAGAGACUCUGUGAGUGUCACCGGGACAUUCCCCAGUAUAACUCAGUGGAUCGCUGAGGGUCCUCAACCAAAGCAUUUGGCUCAAAAGCUUAACCGCAAGGCAGCGGUGUUUGGCGGGAAAUGCAAAUGCAUCACCGUUUCUACGGAACAAGUCGCCAGAUGUUCCAACCCCAACCCGGAGGGCCAGGUGACUGUGUUCGUCAGACCUCUAAUCAUUGAUCAACCUGAUAUGAGAGACUCUGUGAGUGUCACCGGGACAUUCCCCAGUAUAACUCAGUGGAUCGCUGAGGUGCGCGAACCGUCACAUCAUGGUAAGGUCCAGUCUCUUCGUGAUAGCACCAAGAAUGCACGUUAA